AUGAACAACCAGUGUUUCUCAGAGUCCCCCAGCGCCGCCGCGAGGGUCCGCUCGCAUGUGUUUGUGGGCCCGUGUGUCCCUUCGCUGACCUGUCCCCCUGGUCCAGUGUCCAGGGAGGACCACAGCGAGCGCUCCUGCUUCGUGUGUGUUGUGCUGAGCCACGGGGACGAGGGACACAUCCUGGGGACGGACGGCAAGGCGGUCCCGGUCGGGAAGCUGAGCGCCACACUGACGGCUCGGCGCUGCCCCAGCCUGUGGGGGAAACCCAAACUCUUCUUCGUACAGGCAUGCAGGGGCCAAGAGUACGACUGUGGGGUGCAGACAGACUCAGUGGUGGAACGCGAGCCGUGUGUCACGUUCUGCGAGGCCCCUGAGGAGGACUUCCUGUGCGGCUACUCCACACCUCCAGGUAACCUGGACACACUGAUCUGUCAGCAACGCCUGGGCUCCGGGUUCAAAUAUGGUCCAGUCUCUGGAGUUCCGCCCAUGAUCGUAUGGAUUUCAUGCGAGUGCUCUAGUUUCCACUCACAGUCCAAAGACAUAUGUUUUCAGGUGGAUCAGUGACUCCAAAUUGUGUCUCUAUAGAUGUGUGUGUGUGUGUGUGUGUGUGAGUGAGAGAGAUGGACUGGUGUCCUGGCCAAGAUGUACCCUGCUUCAUGUCCUGCUUAUCUGGGAUAGCCUCUGGACCACUGUGACCCUCUGUUGGAUGACUGGUUAUUGAAAA